UGCAACCAGAGCCACGGCCACGGGGACCACCACGGUGACAGCAAUGGCCACGGGGACAGCCACGGCGAUGGCCACAGCCACGGGGACGUCCAUGGGGACAGUGACAGCCAUGGUGAUGGCCAUGGUGAUGGCCACAGUGAUGGCCAUGGUGACGGUGACGGCCAUGGUGACAGCGAUGACCAAGGGGGCAGCCAUGUUGAUGGCCAUGGUGACAGUGAUGGCCAUGGUGACGGUGACGGCCAUGGUGACAGCGAUGACCAAGGGGACAGCCAUGUUGAUGGCCAUGGUGACAGUGACGGCCAAGGGGAUGGCCAUGGUGAAGGCCAUGGUGAUGGUCAUGGCCAUGGUGAUGGCCAUGGUGACAGUGACAGCCAAGGGGACGGCCAUGGUGACAGCCAUGGCCAAGGCGAUGGCCAUGGUGAUGGCCACGGCCACGGUGACAGCCUUGGUGACGGCCACGGUGAUGGCCACGGCCACGGUGACGGCCAUGGUGAGAGUGACGGUCACGCUGGUGGCCACGGUGACGGCCAAGGGGACAGCCAUGGUGAUGGCCACGGCCACGGUGACGGCCAUGGUGACGGUGACGGCCACGGGGACGGUGACGGCCACGGGGACGACCACAGUGGUGGCCACGGGGACAGCCACGAGCCACCCCGCCAGGUGCGGGUGUGUUACCUGCGCCCCUGCCCCGCCGCCUGUCCCUGGAGCCCCUGGAGCCGCUGGAGCCCCUGCUCCUGCCACGUCCCCCUCCAGCUGCGCCACCGUCACCGGCGCGGCCCCCCCGGCUGCGCGGGGCUGGAGGCACAGAGCCGUCCCUGCGACACCCCCGGCUGCUCGGAGGGCAGCUGUGCCCCCCCGUUCCGGUUCCGGCCCUGCGGCCCCCCCUGCGCCCAGCUCUGCUCCGGCCUGCGGCACCCCCAGCUCUGCCCCCCGCACCCCCCCUGCCGCCCCGGCUGCGCCUGCCCCCAGGGCUGCUGCCGCUGAGCCCCUGGUCGGAGUGGACGCCCUGCGGGGGCUGCCGGCCCCCCCGGGACCCCGGCGCCCCGGCACCGACGGGGGGGACGCGGCCAGAGGAGGGGACAUCGGCGGAGGGGACAUCGGCGGAGGGGACGCCGUCGGAGGAGCCACCAUUGGAGGGGACGCCGUUGGAACGGACGCUGGUGGAAGGGGCGCCAUCGGAGGGGACGUCGGUGGAGGGGACGCCGUCGGAGGAGCCCCCAGUGGAGGGGACGCGGGUGGCAGGGACGCCGUCGGAGGGGACGCCGUCGGAGGGGACAUCGGCGGAGGGGACGCUGGUGGAAGGGAUGCCAACGGAGGGGACGCCGUCGGAGGGGACGCCGUUGGAGGAGCCACCAGUGGAGGGGACACCGGUGGAGUGGAUACCGUUGGAGGGGACGCCAUCGGAGGGGACACUGGUGGAGGGGACGCCAUCGGAGUGGAUGCCAGCGGAGGGGACGCCAUCGGAGUGGACGCCAUUGGAGAAGAUGCCAUCGGAGGGGACGCCACCAGAGGGGACGCCAGCGGAGGGGACGCCAUUGGAGGAGAUGCCAUCGGAGGGGACGCCACCGGAGGGGACACCAUCGCAGUGGACGCCAUUGGAGAAGUUGCCAUCGGAGUGGACGCCAUUGGAGGGGACGCCGUCGGAGGGGACACCAGCGGAGGGGACACCAUUGGAGAAGUUGCCAUCGGAGGGGACGCCAUCGCAGUGGACACCAUCGGAGGGGACGCCAUCGGAGGGGACGCCAGCGGAGUGGACGCCAUUGGAGGGGACGCCAUCGGAGGGGACGCCAUUGGAGAAGAUGCCAUCGGAGUGGACACCAUCGGAGGGGACGCCAUCGGAGGGGACACCAUCGGAGUGGACGCCAUUGGAGGGGACGCCAUCGGAGGGGACGCCAGCGGAGGGGACGCCGGCGUGGGUCUCGUCCCCGGUGCAGCGCCGCUACCGCACCUGCCUGGACCCCCAGACGGGGCUGCCGUGGGGCGGCCCCACGGCCACCUGCCGGGCCCAGCUGCGGCAGGAACGGCCGUGCCCGGCCCCCCCCCGCUGCCAAGAGCCCUGCCCGUGGGGACCCUGGGGACCCUGCGGGGCGUCCUGCGGGGGGGGGGUCCCGCCUGCGCCACCGCCAGCCCCCCCCCGACGGCCGGGCCUGCAGCGGCCCCCGCGCCCAGAGCCAGAGCUGCAACACCCAGCCCUGCCCAGCCUGUCCCCCGGGCGAGCGCUGGCAGGGCCCCGAGGCGCCGGGCGACUGCGAGCGAAGCUGCCGCGACAUCUCCCAGGGGACCCCCCCGGGCAACUGCAGCCGCCCCCCGGCCCCCGCCUGCCGCUGCCCCCCCGGCCGCUACCGCGACGCCGCCGGCCGCUGCGUCCCCCCCCCGCCCGCUGCGAGUGCUGGCACCGGGGGCAGCCCCGACAGGCUGGCAGCGAGUGGCAGGAGGGGUGCCAGACCUGCCGCUGCCUGGACGGGGGGGUCACCUGCAGCACCCGCUGCCACCCCGCUCGUCUGCCCCGAGGGCGCGGUGA